AUGACUUCAUUUGAUGAUCAAGGCUUCCCCGUUGUUCACCUUUCGAGCGAUGGCUGGUCGACCGAGGACGAAGCAACUGCCACCUGCUUCUGCGGCGCCGUGCAGCUUGUACUUCCACUGAAAAAGCCCGGCCUCCUCAACCGCCAUGUCUGCCAUUGUAUCGACUGUCGCAAGAUCGGCUCAGCCUUCUACCAAUCCAACAUCACAGUGGAUGACAUAUAUCUCAAGCACGUCCGCGGUGAGGACAAUCUCUCAACCUUUAGUGAGGAAAAGACCAUUCGCGCCAACGCGACCAUGACCAAUUACUUCUGCAAGACUUGCGGUACACUCAUGUAUCGUCGUGGCGCACGUUUUCCAGGCUUGACGAUUCUGAGGACCGGUACUGUCGAACAAUUCAUCGAGAGACGAGCUGCUUGGUCUAAGCCCAUAGAUGGUGCGGCACAGGUUGUUGGGAUGCACCAGCCUUCGGAUAUUGAGGGCAUUCCUUAG